ACACGUUGUUCAGUCGCGUCCAAAUGCCGCGUGGGCCCACAUGUUCCGAUGUCAUCCACCAAUCACGCUUCAGGCUGUGUAAUUUUUCAAUGAGAUUGCCCACUUAGCCACGUAUGACGUCCGUUGUCAUUUUAACGAGGCGGCUACGCUGCGUUUUCGAAUUUUGCCGCAUCGGAACGCGACUGAUUCGAUGAUUGAAAGAACGCAAAUCGAUUUGACCGUAUUCAGAGUCCGUGAACGUUUCUCGGUGUCGUAUUGAAAUUUUGACUAUUACAAAUCGAAUCAAAGUGGAUCCUUUCGUGAAGAGAAAGAUGAAAGUAUUCAAGAAGAAAUUGCGUUUCUCGAUAUAACGUUAGAAUGUGUGGACAUUGUGUUAAACAUAAUUUAUCGAUACGUGUACUAUAAUAAUUAUUAUACCUACAUCACCGGCGGCAUUUCGUUCAGAUAUAGUCACAGAUAGAUUUAAAUAUGCAUCCCAGAACAGGAAAUUUAGUUUGCGUCGUAUUCCUAAUAGUACUGGAUUUAUCCGGAAUAAAAACACAGACAGAAAUAGAACAUCAGACGACAACGGAAGCAUUUGAGACAACAACAACGGAUCGCAGUUACGUAGACGACAUCAAAGUAAGACAAUCAAGAAAAACGCUUGACGAUGCAAUAAUACACAAAAUAGAACCGUUACUACAAGACAGAAAGCCAGCUGAGAUCCCAGAGAGUGCGUCAAAAGUAAUAAUGCCAUUGAGAAACAGAAAUCCAGCGAACGAAAUCGUUAUCGGCGGAAAGAAGAAUAAAACGGAACCCAUAAAGCAUCCAGUUGAAAAAUUAGAUCAUGAAUUGGCCAAAUUGCUAAGGAAUAAAAUAACGAAAAAGAUUAACAAUAUAAGAGCUCAUGUUAGAUAUGACGAAGUAACGGGUGAGGUGAUGGACGCACCGCAUCCCUGUGAAAGAGAAUGUAAGGAAGGCGAAGAUCCAAUGGUUUGCUAUUACCAUUUCAACUUGGAGUGGUACCAGACCAUGAGUAAAGCGUGUUUUAAUUGUCCCUUCAACGAAACGGACUGUUUUCGACCUGAUUGUAUUCCAGCUGAUGGCAUGAAUAGGCCUUUGAAUGUAAUCAACAGGAAGAUGCCGGGACCCGCUAUUGAGGUCUGCCAACAUGAUAGAGUAAUAGUGGACGUCGAAAAUGACCUAAUGACGGAAGGAACAACAGUGCACUGGCAUGGCCAACAUCAGAAGGGUACUCCUUACAUGGACGGGACGCCGUAUGUCACACAGUGUCCAAUACCUCCUGAAACAACGUUUAGAUACCAGUUUAACGCGACACAUACCGGCACACAUUUCUGGCACUCACACUCUGGCAUGCAGCGGGCUGAUGGAGCGGCUGGUGCUUUUAUAGUCAGGAAACCUAAGUCACAGGAUCCUCAUGGACAUCUGUAUGAUUAUGACAGAACCGAUCACGUGAUGAUAGUAACGGAUUGGAUCCACGAGCUCUCAGUUGGGAUGUUUACGGACCACCACCACUCCUCCGGCGACAACAAACCUCCGACCCUCCUCAUCAACGGAGUAGGAAGGUUCAGGGUCUUCAACAACGACACCGAGAAGCCUUUAUAUAUGAAAGCGGCGAGGUUCAAUGUCGAACAGGGACAUAGAUACCGGUUUCGCGUGAUCAACGCUGAGUUCCUGAACUGCCCUAUAGAGUUGUCUGUGGACGGACACAACAUAACUGUUAUCUCGAGUGAUGGAUACGAUUUGGAGCCUAUCGUCGCUACAUCGCUCGUGACUUACGCCGGAGAGCGAUAUGACUUCAUUCUGGAUGCUAAUAACGAAAUCGACAACUACUGGAUCAGAUUCCGCGGUCUUAUGGACUGCGAUGAAGUAUUCACUAAAGCUAAACAAGUCGGAGUUUUGCAUUACGAAGGAGCCAUGGAAGUCGAACCGGCUGGUGACCCAACAUGGGAGGAGCUGCAUAAUGAAGGAUUGCAAUUGAACGCGCUGAACAAAGGUGAAGAAGAAGACGAGACUAUAAGUGUCGCGGAAAUGAAGUCUUUAGAUGGAUACGACGAAAGUCUUAAGGAGAUCGCCGAUUACCAGUUCUACGUGGCCUAUGAUUUCUACGCCAAAAACAACUCUCAUUUCCACAGGUCGCCUUAUUACGGAUAUUACCAAGUUCCCGAAAAAGUGAACCGUCUCUACACGCCGCAGCUAAACCACAUCAGCAUGAAGAUGCCGUCAAGUCCACUACUGGUCGCCCGGCCAACACCGGACCACUUCUGCAACGCGUCCAGCAUCGAAGAAUCCUGCAAAGAAGGCUACUGCGAGUGCUCCCACGUCCUAUCAGUUAAACUAAACUCUGUCGUCGAAGUCGUAAUAGUCGAUGAAGGUAUCACAUUUGACGCCAAUCACCCGUUCCAUUUACAUGGCCACAGUUUCAGGGUCGUUGGUCUUAGGAGGCUAGCAUCAGAUACAACUAUAGAAGAGGUCAAGGCGUUUGACGAAGCCGGUCUAUUGAAAAGAAAUCUAAAGAACGCUCCUAUCAAAGAUACCGUCACAGUACCAGACGGAGGCUACACGGUUAUUAGGUUCAAAGCUGACAACCCAGGCUAUUGGUUAUUCCAUUGUCACAUAGAGUUUCACGUUGAAGUUGGCAUGGCCUUAGUUUUCAAGGUCGGUGAUCAUAAGGAUAUGCCGCCGGUCCCCAGAGAGUUCCCCAAAUGCGGUAGUUACAUCCCGGAUAAUAUGCUCGAGCUGGCUACAGAAAAACCAAAGAACGAUAAUCAGUUCAUUUCUAUAUCUCACUGGUGGCCGGUUGUGGUUGUCAAUAACACUGUUUCAUCGUCUUCAUCUAUUAGUUUAUGUAUAUACCUUCUCACUUGUUGUAUGUUCUUAUUGAAAUUUAAUUACGAUAGAUAAUUGGAAAUGAUUUGGGUAAUUCUAUAUUUAAGAAAAGGCUUAGUUUGGCGGUUUUUGUGUUUUCUAGGCAAUAAUAAAAAUGCAGUGUCACGUGAUUUUGAUUAAAGACUAAAUUUAUCAGAAUGGUUUUGAGGAAUGAAAGGCUAAAGGUUUGAGCGACAUUUUUUAAACUUUACAGAAGAGCCAUUUGAGUUUAAAAUUUGGAAAAAAAUAUGUUAACAAAAAAACUUUUUCAGCUAUUGAAAUGGUAUAAACAUAAUUGAAGUUCAAUUAAAAUCAUUUAAUGGUUGAUGCUAAUUUCUAUAUAUAAAAAUGAAUUGCUGUUCGUUAGUCUCGCUAAAACUCGAGAACGGCUGAACCGAUUUGGCUAAUUUUGGUCUUGAAUUAUUUGUGGAAGUCCAGAGAAGAUUUAAAUGGUUAUUAGAUACAUAUGAAAAUGCUCGGAAUUAAAUAGAAAUUACAAUUUUGUUUUUCCUUUCAUGUGUCCCCCGUCGGACGGAUUUUGUUUUAAGUUUAUUUUAUACAAAAGUUUAGGUCUUUUGUUUAUCGAUUCAGGCACUGCGAAGUCUGGUGGGUCAGCUAGUACCAAAUAAAACGGACCUUUAAUUACAAAGAUAAAUGUCGCGUUUUAAGCGAAAUGUCGCUUAACCCAAAUAGUUUUUCACCCCUCGAUUUGGUCUUAGUUAUGCGAAGCCAAAAAAUACUGUUACAUGAAACUUAAUUAGCAAUACGUACAUUUCAUUAAUGAUUAUUGAUUUUUUUUGUAAGAUAUGACGUUACAAGCAGUUCAAAAUUGACUUCGAUUGAGAUUUGUUUCUUUACUUCUCCAGCACAAAUAUCUUUAAAGAGAAACUGUCACUUUUAAAUCAGAUUUUAUGAUGAGAGAAUUUUUAUAUAAAGAUAAUUUUUUAAUUAGCAAUAGGUAAAGUUAGUGAAAUAAUAUUUUGUAAGUGUAAUAAAAUGAGAUUUUUAGAAAUAAUGAAACCCGAAUUUGUACUUAAUUAUUAUUUAUAUUAUUAUUAAAUUAUUUAACGUUAAAUUAAACCUAUCAAUUAUUUUUUUAUCGCCCACUUCUUCGGUUAUUUUGUUUUGUUCUGACGCGUACUUAUUUCGUUUGUUUUUUUCUUUAAUUCUUAUUCAAAUAUUGUGCGUUCAAAAACGGUUUGUCAAUAUUAUUAAUAAAAUUUGUUACCUGUGAUUGUUUUUGUGAAAAUUUGAUACGAAGUAAAAAUUUGUGAGCAAUGGCGGACCCAGGGGGAGGGUCGUGGGGGUCAUGACCACCCCCUGAGCUGGUUCCAGGACUUAGGUGGACCACUAAUUGAAUAUAAUGAUUCUAUUUAUAUAUUUUGUCAUCAUACAGAUUUUAUGUAACUACAUACCUUCAAUAUUUCAUUAAUUUAAUAUAAUAUAAUAACUUUGCAUAAUGGCAAACGUUUGGAAACGAACGCAUCUAAAUUUGACUAUGUGGAGGGGGUCAGUGGCGACAAAGCUGGAUCCGCUCUUGUUUGUGAGGCACGGUCGUUGACUUCGUGAAUUAUUUAAUUUUCAAAUUAAUUAUGGAAAUGUCGCGAGUGAUGUGUGAUAUUAUUAGUUUAAGUUAAUUUAUUAAGUUUAAAUUUAAAUUAACAUUAUACAAUUUUGUAAAACAAAAAGAUAAGUACAGUAAAGCUAUUGCGGAUUGUA